ACCCUUGCGGCAUUGAGCUAGGGUUAACUCAUUUCAAAUCCGUCCCCAAAUUUCUCUCUUCUCCUCGGCCACACUUACCCCUUCUCUAAUGGCGAAGAAACCCAAAACUCCUCUGAAAGAUGCCAAUCCAACCGAUGUUUCUAAAUCGAACGAGGCUUCGAAUUCCUCCACGGUUUUCAAGGCCCUGUUUGGAGAAAUUCAGGAUCAAAAUUCAGCCUCUGAUUCUCUCUUCUCCGAUAAUAAUCCGUUCCGUAGAAAACUGCUCGAAACCAAGCUGGCGAAUCGAGAAUUGGAAUUAGCGAAUACGGAAAAAUCCGCCGCCGCUGAUUCAGAUUUACCUCAGACGAAGCGGAAGAAGAAAAGAAACAAAGAUGAAGUGCAGGUGGAAAGUUCCGAUCUUGGGGCUGAAUUAGUCGAGGAGAAGAAAAAGAAAUUGAAGAGGGCCGAUUCGAGAGGAAAUAAGAUUGGCAAUAGUAAUUUCGGUAUCGAAUCGAACGAAGCAGUGGAUAAAGCUGUUGGGCAUGCUGCGGAAGAUAUUCAAAUUAGUGACGUCAGCGUUGAAAAUGAGAAGAAGACGAAGAAGAAGAAGAGGAAGAGAGACGAGGUGGAGUCGGAGUACGAGGCCAGGCGAUAUGGGGUGGCCGACGAGACAAAGGAAAAUAAGGCGGGGAAUAGUAGCGUGUUGGGCGAAAAGAGGAAGACGAUCGAUAAUCCGGAGGAUACGAUGGUGUCGAAGGAGGGUUUCGAUGACGAAAGUAAGCUGCUGAGGACUGUGUUUGUUGGGAAUUUGCCACUCAAGUUCAAGAAAAAGGAAAUAACGAAGGCGUUUGAUAAGUUCGGUGAAGUCGAGUCUGUGAGGAUUCGCUCGGUUCCACUUAUCGAUGGAAAGCUACCUAGGAAAGCCGCUGCAAUGAAGAAUCAUAUCGACGAAAAAGGAGAUAGUGUUCAUGCGUACAUUGUUUUCAAAACAGAGGAGGCUGCUCAAGCGUCUUUGGCCAAUAAUAUGGCUGUGGUUGGUGGAAAUCAUAUCCGUGUUGAUAGGGCAUGCCCACCUCGCAAGAAACUUAAGGACGAAGCCAGUUCUCUUUUAUACGACACUAAGAGGACUGUUUUUAUUGGAAAUCUCCCAUUUGAUGUCAAGGAUGAAGAAGUUUAUAAGCUAUUUUGCGGUAUGAAAACUCUUGAGACUAGCGUUGAAGCUGUUCGGGUUAUCAGAGAUCCUGGAUUGAACGUAGGGAAAGGCAUCGCAUACGUGUUGUUCAAAACCGCGGAAGCUGCAAACUUGGUAUUAAGGAAACGCAACGUGUGGCUUCGGAAUCGUGAGCUGAGGCUGAGUCACGCUAAAAAGACCGAAACGCCCUCCAAGAGGAAGGACCCUUCAGAAGCAGAGACUUAUAAUAACAGUACCUAUUCGGCUGAUAGUGGUAACAAUUAUAAAGCCAAGGCAGACCUCUCUUACCAGGGUAUGCGUGCAAGUAAAUCCGGUGCACAGAAGAAAGUCCACACGAGGAUUAAUGUAACUCCAAAAUCGAGAUCUGAACCAGACAGAGAGCAGCAAAAUUCGAGGGUGAAGAAAAGGCCAGCUGUCGCUGCUAGAAAAGAGAAAGCCCUAAAGGCUGCUAGUGCUUCGCAAUUUGGUGGAACGAAUAAGCGUAAGAUGGGUAAUCGGACACCUGGCAGUGCUUCCGGACAAAAGAAGAAAGCAAGAACAUUCAGGUAAUUGAGGGAAAAGGGAAAUUCUGGAUGACAAAAAAAAAAAAAAAAAGAAGAAAAAAACGAAGAAGAGAAUUUUGUAGCAUCUGAAUUUGUUAAAUUUAGUUGGAUUGGAUUACGAAUGUAUUUUGCUGGUUAAAAAGAAAAGGAUUUAAUUAUCUCGUUUUCUUUUCUGAGAGGUUUAUUUUGUUUGAAUCAUUUAUUUGGAGUUCUUGUAUUAGUACCUUGUUGGUAAAGUUGCCAAUUUUAGGGCCCAUUUUGGGACGAUGUUAAAGGUGCGUUCUCGUUAGGUACUGUGCAUUUUAUUUAUCCGUUUGUCGAAAGAUACAGGCAAAAUGAUUGGAUAUGAUGGAAUUCAAAAUGUAUCAAGAAUGACAGUGAACAGAAGGGGUU